CUGGCCCCAACCCCCGCCGUAGACACCCACUUCUACGGAGUGGUCCAGGAACUACUGUGGGCCUGAAGGCCGGCGCCCUGCCGCUUAAGAUGGCGGCUCCCUUGGUGCUGGUGCUGUUGGUGGCCGUGACGGUCAGGGCUGUGCUCUUCCGCUCCAGCCUGGCCGGCCUGAUCUCGGAAAGAGUGGAAGUGGCCUCUCCUCUGAACGCCUGGAAGCGAGUGGUUGAGGGGCUGGCCUUGCUUGACUUGGGCGUGUCGCCAUAUUCUGGAGAUGUCUUUCAUGAAACUCCACUAAUAAUAUAUCUGUUUCACUUUCUGAUUGAUUACGCUGAACUAGUAUUUAUGAUAACAGAUAUUUUGACUGCUGUAGCCCUCUAUCUGGCCAUUCAGGACUACAACAAAGUUCUGUUUAAAAAGCAAAAACUACUAAUAGAAUUGGAUAAAUAUGCACCUGAUGCGACUGAGCUUAUCCAGACUCCAAUGGAAAUGUAUUAUAUUCCUCUCAAAGUAGCACUAUUCUAUCUUUUAAACCCAUACACUGUGAUGUCUUGUGUUGCAAAGUCCACUUGUGCUAUCAACAAUACUGUAAUUGCAUUCUUCAUUUUGGCAACAAUAAAAGGCAGUGCCUUCCUAAGUGCUAUAUUUCUGGCCUUAGCAACAUACCAGUCCCUGUACCCUCUCACUUUGUUUGCACCAGCCCUUCUGUAUUUAUUGCAGCGGCAGUUCAUACCAGUGAAAAUGAAAAACAAAGACUUCUGGCUUUAUACCAUGCAGUAUACAGGGCUCUAUUUGGGAAGUAUGGUGGUGAUUAUUUGCCUCUCAUUCUUCCUUCUCAACUCUUGGGAUUUUAUUCCAUCUGUUUAUGGUUUCAUACUUUCUGUUCCAGACCUGACACCCAAUGUUGGCCUCUUCUGGUACUUUUUUGCUGAAAUGUUUGAGCACUUCAGCCUCUUUUUUGUAUGCGUCUUUCAGAUCAAUGUCUUCUUCUACACCAUUCCCUUGGCAGUGAAACUAAAGGAGCACCCCAUGUUCUUCAUGUUUGUUCAACUUGCCAUCAUUUCCAUCUUCAAGUCCUAUCCAACUGUAGGAGACAUUGCCCUUUAUAUGGCUUUCCUUCCACUCUGGAGCCACCUCUACCAAUUUCUACGGAAUGUCUUCAUCCUUUCCUGUGUACUCGUUGUCUGCUCCCUGCUGUUCCCAGUUUUAUGGCAUCUCUGGAUUUAUGCAGGAAGUGCAAAUUCAAAUUUUUAUUAUGCCAUCACAUUGACAUUCAACAUAGGACAGAUCUUGCUCAUCUCAGAUUAUUUCUAUGCCUACCUACAGAGGGAGUACUACCUCACUCAUGGGAUCUUCUUAAUAAGAAAAGACAGGACAGACCCCAUGUUGGUUCUCAAAUAAAGCUGCCAUCCAAGAUGACUUGGGAAAAAUACUCCUAUGAGAAACAGAUAAUACUUGGAUGGGUGAGUCUGAUUUUUAGGAAGAUAUCUCUUUUUUUUGCAUAUGGAGAAAGGGCUGCAGUUUGGAGAAAAACUGAUACUGGUACAGACUUUGUUAUAAAGAGCAUGGGAACGGGUUGUGGGCUGUAGCCCCCAUUGGAAGCUUCUUUCUCCGGCCAUUGUAUUUCUGUGAACCUGUCAUCAGUCGUGGGAGAAUCGUGUUGAAAUGCAUUUGGACUGAAACCAAGUUUGCACCUGGAGAAAAACAAGACCAUAGUUGAGGAUGCUCACAAGUUCUGCACAAACUGCUGGGAAUUUUCUCUUUCAGGAAAAGGAAUGGUUUCAAUAAACAUCUGUUUAGUUCCUCUU